GUUACGCAGAAGCAGCCGCCAGCACUGACAGCACUUGGCAGAGGGGGUUUGCCCAAGCCCUCCCUGAGCAUCUCUAGGGGCGCAGCGGCAGUGCCUGCCCGUCACUGAGGACCGGAACCAGAGAAGGGCUGAGAGCCGGGGAGCAGAAAAACACCUAGAAUAAUACGAGUAACUACUACUAAUAAUAAAGAGUGGUCGGCAAGAAAAGGAGGUCGUGGGGGGACGAGGCGAAAGCGCGCCCCCGAGGAGGGAUUGGGCACGGGUCAGGAGCGGGCCCCUGCCGGGGCUGCCGACAGUCUCCCGCACCCCUAGCGCAGCCGUCGGGGCGGCGGCAGCGCGGGGCGGUGGCGAGGCAUGGCCGCCGCGGGAGAUUCCGCGGCCUGAGCCACCCCCGCCACCCGCACCAUGGCGGCCGCCGCUGGCCUCGACGUGGCGGCGGUGGAAAGUUUCCUAGAGAGGCACCCGGAGCUGGUGGAGAAGUGGCUGAAAAGGAAGAACUCGCUCCCUAAAGCGCCUGCAGCCCCAGCUGCCGUCCUGACGGAGGAACGGCGGAGCGGCGGCGGCAUCGGCGGCGGCUGGGGCAGCGCGGGCGGCCCCGGCGACGGGGGACUGCAGAGGCGACCCUCCCAGAAGGAGCUGCGGAAGAGCUUCGCCCGGUCCAAGGCCAUCCAUGUCAACCUCACCUAUGACGAGCAUGUGCACGCCCGGGCGCAGGAGCCGCUGAGCAGCGUGCGGCGGCGGGCACUGCUGCGGAAGGCCAGCUCCUUGCCCCCCACCACUGCGCACAUCCUCAGCGCCCUGCUGGAGUCCCGCGUCAGCUUGCCCCAGUACCCCACCAGCGCUCUGGACUACAAGCGCUACCUCAAGGAGCACAAUGAGCGUCAGUUCUUCCUGGAGCUGGUCAAAGACAUCUCCAACGACUUGGAUCUCACCAGCCUCAGUUACAAGAUACUCAUCUUCGUCUGCCUCAUGGUGGACGCCGACCGAGGCUCCCUCUUCCUCGUGGAGGGCGCCGCGACAGGCAAGAAGAGCCUCGUUUCCAAGUUCUUCGACGUACACGCCGGCACCCCGCUGCUGCCCUGCGGCUCCACCGAGAACAGCAAUGAGGUGCAGGUGCCUUGGGGCAAGGGCAUCAUAGGCUACGUGGCGGAGCACGGAGAGACGGUCAACAUACCCGACGCCUACCAGGACCGCCGCUUCAAUGACGAGAUCGACAAACUGACGGGAUACAAGACAAAAUCACUCUUGUGCAUGCCCAUACGAAACAGUGAUGGAGAAAUUAUUGGCGUUGCCCAAGCAAUAAAUAAGACUCCUGGAGGUGCCCCGUUUUCUGAUGAUGAUGAAAAAGUGAUGCAGAUGUAUCUCCCAUUCUGUGGGAUUGCUAUAUCCAAUGCCCAGCUAUUUGCAGCUUCAAGGAAGGAAUAUGACAGAAGCAGGGCUUUACUGGAAGUAGUGAAUGACCUCUUUGAGGAACAGACUGACUUAGAGAAAAUUGUCAAGAAAAUUAUGCAUCGGGCCCAGAACCUACUGAAGUGUGAACGCUGCUCGGUAUUGCUUUUGGAAGAUAUUGAAUCACCAGUGGUGAAAUUUACCAAAUCUUUUGAACUGUUAUCUCCAAAAUGCAAUGCUGAUACAGAAAACAGUUUCAAAGACAGCAUGGAGAAAUCAUCAUCUUACUCUGACUGGCUAAUAAAUAACAGCGUUGCUGAACUGGUGGCUUCCACAGGUCUCCCGGUGAAUAUCAGUGAUGCCUAUCAGGAUCCUCGCUUCGAUGCUGAAGCUGACCAGAUUUCUGGCUUUCAUAUAAAGUCUGUUCUGUGUGUUCCUAUAUGGAAUAGCAACCACCAAAUAAUUGGAGUAGCUCAAGUGUUGAACAGGCUCGAUGGGAAACCCUUUGAUGAUGCUGACCAGCGACUGUUUGAAGCUUUUGUUAUUUUUUGUGGCCUGGGCAUCAACAACACAAUUAUGUAUGACCAGGUGAAGAAAUCCUGGGCAAAACAGUCUGUGGCUCUGGAUGUGUUAUCUUACCAUGCAACAUGUUCAAAGGCAGAAGUUGAUAAAUUUAAGGCAGCAGACAUCCCUCUGGUGUCAGAACUUGGCAUUGAUGACAUCCAUUUUGAUGACUUCUCACUUGAUGUGGAUGCCAUGAUUACUGCAGCCCUGCGGAUGUUCAUGGAGCUUGGAAUGGUCCAGAAAUUUAAAAUUGACUACGAGACACUGUGUAGGUGGCUUUUGACCGUUAGGAAGAACUAUCGAAUGGUUUUGUAUCACAACUGGAGGCAUGCUUUCAACGUCUGCCAGCUAAUGUUUGCCAUGUUAACUACUGCAGGAUUUCAGGAGAUUCUAACUGAAAUUGAAAUUUUAGCUUUGAUUGUGGGAUGCUUAUGUCAUGACCUUGACCACAGGGGAACCAACAAUGCCUUCCAAGCCAAGAGCGGAUCAGCCUUGGCUCAGCUCUAUGGCACCUCUGCUACCUUAGAGCACCACCAUUUCAAUCAUGCUGUCAUGAUUCUCCAAAGUGAGGGUCACAACAUCUUUGCUAACUUGUCCUCUAAGGAGUACAGUGACCUUAUGCAGCUUCUGAAACAAUCGAUAUUGGCAACAGACCUCACUCUGUAUUUUGAGAGAAGGACUGAGUUUUUUGAACUUGUCAGUAAAGGAGGUUAUGACUGGAACAGAAAAAAACACCGAGAAGUAUUUCGAUCAAUGCUAAUGACAGCCUGUGACCUUGGAGCUGUGACCAAACCGUGGGAGAUUUCAAGACAGGCAACUGAGCUGGUAACUAGUGAGUUCUUUGAACAAGGAGACAGAGAAAGAUCUGAACUCAAACUCACCCCUUCUGCCAUUUUUGAUCGGAACAGGAAAGAUGAACUACCCAGGUUGCAGCUCGAGUGGAUUGAUAGCAUCUGCAUGCCACUGUAUGAGUGUCUAGUGAAGCUGAAUGUGAAACUGAAGCCCAUGCUGGACUCCGUGGCAGUAAACAGAGGUAAAUGGGAGGAGAUGCACCAAAAAAGACUUCCUUCUCAGGCGGCAUGCUCAUCCUCCUUUUCCUCUAGCUUUACCAUGUCUCUCAAAGACAUAAAUUAAGCCUGCAAAUGUCAGUGUCGCUUACAGUAAGAGCUAUCUGAAAGGUUUUCAUAAGCUUAGGACCACCAUUCUUUAAAGAAACGCUUUCACAGACAUGCUUAAUUGAUUGGAUAGCAGUUUGCUCUUACUGAGAGGCUUACUGGGACUGAAAGGAAGGCCUGUGGUGAGAUUGCACUGCUAUCUGAAGUGACACGGAAGACUUGGCACAAGAAGCAUGAAUUCAGCUCCACUACGUUUCAACUGCUGCUAUAAAAAUCUGUAAAAGCUGACAACAAACAGAAAUACAAGAACUUACAGCUUAAUAAAAUUAAUAAUACAAAGCAGAACUGGGAUGCAAACUGGUCAAUUCGUAUGCAAGGAGCUGUAGGAAAACAGAAUAUGUAAUUACAUUGUUGUUUUGCAUCUCUUCAGUACAUGUUAUGAAUCAAUUAUCCCUGCUUUUGUGAUGUUCCUCUCUCAUUUUUCCCUCCUCUUUUAUGCCUGAAUGUUCCGAGAAGCCUGUUUUGUAUUCUAAAGAAGUAUUUUUUUACAACAAAGCUUCUUAGUGAUUGAUCAGGGCCUUUAGAAUUGCCUACCUUUGCUACACUUAAAAACCAAACUUUAUUAUCUUUAAAAACACCAACCCAUCCCUGCUUCCCUGAGAAAUUCUUAUUAGCAAUGCAGUAAAUUGCUCAGCAAGGGGAAGUCUGCAUAAAGGCAAAAUAUUACAUGGUAAUUUUAGAGGCUGGGGGUUGUUUUUCUUCUAAAAAAUACUCUUUCAGCCCUUUUUUUUUUUUUAAUAUUACUGUGUCCCCUGUAGAAAAGAUUAAUGGGCUUUAAUGAAAAUAGAAUACAAAUAAAAGAGGAAAACUGUCACCUUGUGCUUCAGGUUUAUAUUACAUUGAAAAGUGGAGCACAGACAAGCCUAUCUAGUAUAAUUUCCAGCUGAAGGUAAUACUCUUUAAACGGUGGCAAGGAAGAAUAUCAUCAUACCAGACCGACUACCUCUUACUCCCCUUGCAGUCCUUUCAGUACAAUUUGAUAUAUUAUCAUUACAGCCAGCACAGCACUAGCCAAGGCACACAUGUAGACAUCUAUGGUCAUGGUGUUCAUAAAAAUCUAAUUGAACGUGAUAGGUCACAAAGCCAAACGUGUCUAGUUCUGUGAGAUGACGCUAGUAUUACCUGAGGGUUGGUCU